GUUUAAUUUAAUUUAUUUAAACAUAAAUAUAUGUAUGUAUAUUAGAAAAUAUUUCACGAGUAUAGUUCUUUUGAAAUCAAAUAAAAAAAAAACUGUUAUUUUCUAACAAUUUCACAAGUUCUGUCAUCAUUUAACCAGUGUUGCCCCGUUAAAUCAAAAAAUUUCCUUUUGUGCUUUCAAAUUAAAGAAAAAGGACCAAAAUAUAUCCUUACCACACCGUUAUUUACAUAUUUCUUUAACAUCCUAACGAGUAAUAGUUCGUAAACGUCAAACAUCGAAAAAAGCAGUUAAAUAGAAAAAAACUAAAUAAACAUGUCACCAAAUCCUCACUCACCUUUGCCACCAGCUACUAUGUCAUCUGGGGAUUUCGGCAAUCCUUUGCGUAAAUUUAAACUAGUAUUUCUGGGCGAACAAAGUGUUGGAAAAACUUCGCUCAUUACACGCUUCAUGUACGACAGCUUCGAUAAUACUUAUCAGGCCACCAUUGGUAUAGAUUUCCUCUCAAAGACCAUGUAUUUGGAAGAUCGAACUGUACGCCUGCAGCUGUGGGAUACGGCGGGUCAGGAACGUUUUCGUUCUUUAAUCCCCUCCUACAUACGGGACUCGACAGUGGCUGUCGUUGUCUAUGAUAUCACUAAUACAAAUUCAUUCUAUCAGACUUCUAAGUGGAUUGAUGAUGUGCGCACAGAAAGGGGUAGUGAUGUCAUAAUUAUGCUGGUGGGAAAUAAAACCGAUUUGGCCGAUAAACGUUUGGUGUCUACCGAAGAAGGGGAACGCAAAGCCAAGGAGCUUAAUGUCAUGUUUAUAGAGACCAGUGCCAAAUCUGGCUACAAUGUCAAGUUAUUGUUUAGGCGUGUAGCGGCUGCUCUGCCUGGCAUGGACUCUUCGUCUGAUAGCAAACCAUCUGAGACCAUGCAAGACAUACAAUUGGGACAGCAGAACGAGCAAAAAGAUCCCGAAGGGGGAUGUGCCUGUUAAAUUUUGAAUUAAACAUUAUAAAGUUACAUAAACCGGAAUGUAAAUUCAACAAAAAAAAAAAAACUAAAUGGAAUUAUAUUAUUUUUUCUUUUCUAUAUUUGCUGUGAUGAAGAAAUAUUGUAUGUAUUUAUAAAAAAUUGGAUAUUAAGCUUAUGUAUGUAAAAUUAAACUUGGGAUUAUAGUGUUUGAAAUGGAAUCGGAAAUAUUUCUUGGGAAUACAAAAUAGAUUUUUUAUUGCAUCACAAUGCUUACUUAACAAUUACAAAUUAUUAAACAAAUUUGUGAACAUUAAAAUAAUAAUUAAUACACACAUAUAAAAUCCUGUAGAUGUUAAAACAGUUAAAAAUAAUAAUUGAAAAAGAAAAUAGAUUUUUAAGUUGUUUUAAAAAAGCUUUCAAUGCAUUAAUAAUGGAGCACGAACUACAAAAGCAUGCAUUACUUUUCAAAUUAAAAUCUAAUUUAAUAAAAUCCAAAUUAUAAUAAAUAGCAAAUUUAAAU